AUGGACGUCGCCCCGGAGGUGAGCGGCGGCAUUUUCGAGGUUAUACAGAUAAAACGAUGCCAGAAGACGCCCAUGAGAUAUAACUUCCCAGACGCUGCUUGCAAAAUCAUCUACGGCAAUUCGAAACUCAGAAACUCCCCAGUCGCACAAAUGCUGAAUGUCUGGCGCAAGCAAAACCCCAUCAAUAGACGAGAAGGCGACGCAGGUCAUCAGCACAAAUAUCCAUCGUGGUUCACCGGCAUAGACCCUAAGCUGGAGGCCCGACAGGAGGAAGCAGCAGCGUGUAAGAAGUGCCACUCGACUAAUGAGCACGUGGUCUGCGAUAGUGCGACGCACACCAAAGAGGACGAGAAGAUGGAUUUGAGACAUGUCUGGUGUCGAUGGCAUGACCCGAGGCUUGAGUUGCAGCAUGGUAAAUGUUUGGAGCGGUUCGAUGUUAUGGAUGCGAAUGGGAGGUUUAGAGAUCCUCCGCCGCCGAGGAAGAUUGAGGAGGUGAAGACUCCAAUCCCGAGGGAAGUUGAGGAGGUGGGACCUCCAGAGCCGAAGAAAGUUGAGUUGGUGGAGAAGAGAGAGAUUAAUCCUGUUCCGUCGGGAAGCUCGCGGCGUGAUGAUAGGAUUGGAGGUGGGCAGGAUGAGGAGGAGCUGUGA